AUGCCGACUCUGCAAACCUCAGGAGAUGUUCGUCUUCAGAAUACCAAUUACUACUACUAAGUAUUCGACAAGUAUGGACCAAGUCUUAAACUUUGCUUCUAAUUUGUUAAUCAUGAAUUCACCUUACCAACCAUUUGUAUGAUUGCCAUUCAAACUUUAACCAUUCUCGAAAAGCUCCAUAGUCAAUCUAUUGUUCAUUGCAAUCUCAGGCCAAAAAAAAUAUUAACACAACUUGGCAAACAUGAUUUGGUACUGAUUGAUUUCUAACAUUCUACCAAAUACAAACACAAAAAUGGUAAAUUCAUCGGCUAUCCUUCCAAAUUUUCUAAUCUCAACAAAUUAACCAAAUACUCCAGUUUAAAUCAGCAUUUAGGUUUAACUGCAUCCCCCAAAGAUGAUCUAGAAUCCCUAGGGUUCAUAUUAAUGUAUUUCCUCAAAAAGGGAGACUUGUUUAAGAUCAAAGAACACGGAUCCAAAAUCAAAAAAAUGGAAGAGCAAAAAUUGAGAAUGAUUCCAGAAAAAUACUGUAAAGAUAUGCCUAUUGAAAUACUGCAGUAUUUUUAAUUUAUCAGAAUGACCAAUGUCUAAUAAUACCCUCUGGGUGAUUACGAAUUCCUAAAGAAACUCUUUAGAAAUUUACUUCAGUAACUCAAUGUUAACGAAAAAGAUUUUUAAUACGAUUGGAUUAAAAAAAUGAACCUACAACAACAAUUUUAGCAACCUCAAAAAGAGUCAACCUGUCAAGAUCAAACUUAAACCAAAAUAGUAAUUCAUUAACCUCAAAAUUUGGAAGGUAUACAAGAAGUUCAAACUGAACAGGAGAGAUCCUCUAUUAAGCGAGAAUUCUAUAGAUAAAUCUCAUCACUAUGCAUUUCUGAUGAAGAAGAUAAACAAUUUGAAAGUGUGAGUACUAAAAUGCUUCACCUACCCAAUAUGUUUGAUUUAAUCAAACUAAAAAGUUGACCAUUAUAAAUUUUGUAUUUAUCUAUCUAUUUU